AUGUUUAGAAAGGCAAAGCCGGCUAUACAGCUGGAGCAUCGAUCUGCAGAGGAGAAAGCAUUGGUCAGGAGGCUAGAUCUGUUUCUUCUUACCUUCGGUUGUAUCAGUCAAGUCAUCAAGUAUCUUGAUCAGCAAAACAUCAACAAUGCAUACGUCAGUGGCAUGAAAGAGGACCUGAACCUCUAUGGAAAUGAGCUCAACUACUUCACCACAUACUUCAACAUCUCCUACUGCCUCAUGCUUAUACCGUCGCAAGCUAUCAUGACAUACGUCCGGCCAAGCUACUGGCUUACUGGUCUUGAGAUCACCUGGGGUGUCAUCACAGGCCUGAUGGCAUUAACGAAGAACGCGAAGCAAGUCUAUGUAUUGAGAGUAUUAUUAGGGCUGUGUGAAAGCAGCGCAUGGCCUGGCAUGAUGACUUUACUCAUGCAUUGGUAUACACCUAUGGAGCUUGCGAAAAGAAUGGGCUUUUAUCAAUCUUGUCAGACAUUGGGCUAUAUGAUGUCUGGUGCGUUGCAGGCUGCUAUCAUAGCUACACUCGAAGGCAAAGGGCUGUCUGGCUGGCGCUGGCUCUUUGUGAUCAAUGCAAUCAUGACUGUGGUGUGGGGUAUCUUGGGCUUCUUCAUGUUGCCAGACGUACCCAACAAUCCCAAUCCUAGGGCUUUCUGGUUCAAGAAAGUAGAUGCAGAACUUGCCAUGGAACGUCUGGCCCGUCAUGGGAGAGCAGAGCCGAAGAAGCUGUCCUGGGCGGGUACUAAACGUGCCUUCUCUGGCUGGACUUUAUACUUUAUCGCCGCUUUGUACAUCGCUACCGUUCAUGCCCAAGGAGGCUAUCAAUACUUUAACCUAUUUCUGAAAGCUCUCACCAGACCGGAUGGAUCAAAGCGCUGGUAUGUCAACCAUGAGGUGAAUGUUAUUCCCAUUGCAGGAGGUGGCAUCGCCGUUACUUUCGUCUGGAUUUGGGCCAUUCUCUCCGACACCCUACGCACACGCUGGACUUUGAUCAUCACCCAGGCCCUCAUCGGGUUGAUCCCCGCAAUCAUCAUGAUAUUCUGGACACGCAACCCCAACGACGUGCCUGUCUCUGCUGCUUACGCCAGUUACUUCAUCUCCUACCUCUCCCUCGGCACAGCACCACUGAUCUUCUCUUGGCUCUCCGAACUCAUACCACAAGACCCUGAGGCUCGAUCGCUUAUCGUCGGUGCCAGUGUCGCUGGCUAUUAUGCUGUCUCGGCAUGGUCUGGUAUCCUGAUCUGGCCUGCUAAGGAAGCGCCCUACUAUAGAUGUGGAUGGCAGACUGCAUUGAGCCUGUGGCUUGUGGUCAUUUGCAUGACCUGUGUGCUGAGAUUUGUGGAUGUCAGAUAUCUGAUGCCGAAGAGGAAGCUCUUCGCAGAGACACUGCAUGGUGACGCAGUACAAGAGAGCGAGGUCGCUUCAGAGCAUGGAGACACUGACAGCUUGAAGGGUAAGGAUGUAGAUGUUGCAGUCAGCAGGGUUUGA